UGCUGGAUUCAAAUUAAUUUUAUUUUCUUUUACAGUUUUUUUUGACAGAACAGAACACUGUUUUUCUGCCUCUCACUUCUUCCGGCUCUGCUGAGAGAUGUCCACUCCUGACCCACCUAUGGGCGGGACCCCUCGGCCGGGCCCUUCCCCAGGCCCUGGGCCAUCUCCAGGGGCCAUGUUAGGGCCUAGUCCUGGACCCUCACCUGGCUCUGCCCAUGGAAUAAUGGGCCCCAGCCCUGGGCCCCCCUCCUCAGGACAUCCACUACCUCCACAGGGCCCCUCAGGUUACCCUCAGGACAACAUGCACCAGUUGCACAAGCCCAUGGAAGGCAUGCAUGAGAGAGUCAUUCCUGAAGAUCAACGCUACGCUCAAAUGAAGGGUAUGGGCAUGAGACAGGGUGGGCACAGUGGCAUGGGGCCUCCACCCAGUCCUUUGGACCAACACUCUCAGGAGAGAGAUUUAGGACUGCGAGAUUUAAUGAAGGGUAUGGGCAUGAGACAGGGUGGGCACAGUGGCAUGGGGCCUCCACCCAGUCCUUUGGACCAACACUCUCAGGGCUACCCCUCUCCUCUGGGUGGUUCUGAACAUGCCCCCAGUCCGGUACCUGCUAACGGCCCUCCGUCUGGCCCCAUGAUGCCUACUGGUUCUGGUGCCAUGGAGGGCGGUGACCCACAGGCCAUGGGUCAGCAGAACCGCAGUGGUGGUGCUGGUGGUGUUGCAGGUUCAGGACCCAGUGGAGGACCUCCAAAUGCAGGUGGACCUGGUGGAGCCGGCGGGCCCACUCCUUUUAACCAAAACCAGCUUCACCAACUGCGGGCACAGAUCAUGGCCUAUAAGAUGCUGGCACGCGGGCAAUCUCUACCUGACCACCUACAGAUCGCGGUGCAGGGAAAACGGCCCAUGCCAGGCAUGCAGCAGGGGAUGCCCAACAUGCCCCCUGCCUCAGGACAAGGAGCAGGACCACCUGGACCAGGAGGCUCCGGACCUGGGGGACCCAACUACAACAGACCACAUGGAAUGGUUGGACCAAACAUGCCACCUCCAGGACCUGCUGGUGUUCCUCCAGGCCUGCAGGGACAACCCACCAAUGGACCACCUAAAUCUUGGCCUGAAGGGCCCAUGGUGAAUGCUGCCGCCCCUGCAAGUGCACCACAGAAGCUGAUACCUCCUCAGCCCACGGGACGCCCGUCUCCAGCACCACCUUCAGUUCCUCCCGCUGCCUCGCCCGUCAUGCCCCCUCAGACCCAAUCUCCAGGACAACCGAUGCAGCCACCCAUGGUGCUUCAUCAGAAACAGAACCGCAUCACACCCAUCCAGAAACCCCGGGGCCUGGACCCAGUGGAGAUCCUCCAGGAGAGAGAGCACAGGUUACAGGCUCGUAUUUCUCAUCGUAUUCAGGAGCUGGAGAACCUUCCAGGCUCUCUGGCUGGAGACUUGAGGACCAAAGCAAAUAUUGAGCUCAAGGCACUUAGGCUCCUGAACUUUCAGAGACAGCUCCGCCAGGAGGUCGUAGUGUGCAUGCGGCGUGACACGGCCCUAGAGACAGCGCUCAACGGCAAGGCCUACAAGCGCAGCAAGAGACAGUCCCUGCGUGAGGCUCGUAUCACAGAGAAACUGGAGAAGCAGCAGAAGAUCGAGCAGGAACGCAAGCGCCGUCAAAAACACCAGGAGUAUCUCAACAGCAUCCUGCAGCAUGCAAAGGACUUCAAGGAUUAUCAUCGCUCCAUCACCGCAAAGAUCCAGAAGGUGACCAAAGCCAUAGCCACGUACCACGCCAACACAGAGAGAGAGCAGAAGAAGGAGAAUGAGCGUAUUGAGAAGGAGAGAAUGAGAAGGCUGAUGGCUGAAGAUGAAGAGGGUUACAGGAAGCUGAUCGAUCAGAAGAAGGACAAACGUCUGGCUUACUUGCUGCAGCAGACGGACGAGUAUGUGGCCAACCUCACCGAGCUCGUCAGAGCUCAUAAAGCUGUCCAGGCCCUCAAAGACAAGAAGAAGAAGAAGAAAAAGAAGAAGCCAGAGAAUGCUGAGAGUGGAGCUCCUGCUCUGGGUCCAGAUGGAGAGCCUCUUGAUGAGACCAGUCAAAUGAGUGAUUUACUGGUGAAGGUGAUUCAUGUAGACAGUGGGAAGAUCCUCACCGGCAUGGACGCUCCUAAAGCUGGACAACUGGAUGCCUGGCUGGAGGUGAAUCCAGGGUACGAGGUGGCCCCGCGGUCUGAUAGUGAAGAUAGCGGCUCGGAGGAGGAGGAAGAUGAUGAGGAGGAGCAGCCUCAGACCUCUCAAUCUUCAUCAGAGGAGAAGAAGAUAUUUCCAGAUCCAGACAAUGAGGAUGUGUCUGAGGUGGACGUCCGUCACAUCAUUGAGCAUGCCAAGCAGGAUGUUGACGAUGAAUACGGUAAUGCCAGGUUCGUUAGGGGCCUGCAGUCGUACUACGCCGUGGCUCACGCAGUCACAGAGAAGGUGGAGAGACAGUCAAGCCUGUUAGUAAAUGGACAGCUCAAACAGUACCAGAUCAAAGGUCUGGAGUGGCUGGUGUCUCUGUAUAACAAUAACUUGAAUGGCAUUCUGGCUGAUGAAAUGGGUUUGGGAAAAACCAUCCAGACCAUUGCACUCAUCACCUACCUCAUGGAGUACAAACGCCUCAACGGACCCUUCCUCAUCAUCGUCCCCCUCUCGACUCUGUCGAACUGGGUGUACGAGUUUGAUAAGUGGGCUCCAUCUGUGGUGAAAGUUUCUUAUAAGGGCUCUCCUGCUGCUCGCCGCGCAUUUCUUCCCAUUUUGCGCAGCGGCAAGUUCAACGUGCUGAUCACCACUUACGAGUACGUCAUCAAAGACAAGCAAGUGCUGGCCAAGCUCCGUUGGAAGUACAUGAUAGUGGAUGAAGGUCACCGUAUGAAAAAUCACCACUGUAAACUGACUCAGGUGUUGAACACGCACUACCUGGCGCCUCGGCGUGUGCUGCUCACUGGCACGCCACUGCAGAACAAGCUGCCUGAACUGUGGGCGCUGCUCAACUUCCUGCUGCCCACCAUCUUCAAGAGCUGCAGCACCUUUGAGCAGUGGUUCAACGCUCCAUUCGCCAUGACCGGAGAGAAGGUGGACCUGAACGAAGAGGAGACCAUUCUGAUCAUCCGUCGUCUGCACAAAGUGCUCCGCCCCUUCCUGCUCAGGAGACUCAAGAAGGAAGUGGAGGCCCAACUGCCAGAGAAGGUGGAAUAUGUGAUCAAGUGCGACAUGUCGGCCCUGCAGAGAGUGCUGUACAGACACAUGCAGGCUAAAGGAGUGCUGCUCACUGAUGGAUCCGAGAAAGACAAGAAGGGUAAAGGAGGCACUAAGACCCUAAUGAACACUAUUAUGCAGUUGAGGAAGAUUUGUAACCACCCUUACAUGUUCCAGCACAUUGAGGAAUCUUUCUCUGAGCACUUGGGCUUCACUGGAGGCAUUGUUCAGGGACUUGAUUUGUACCGUGCCUCUGGUAAGUUUGAGCUGCUGGACCGUAUCCUACCGAAGCUCUGCGCCACCAACCACAAAGUGCUGCUCUUCUGUCAGAUGACCUCGCUCAUGACCAUCAUGGAAGACUACUUCGCCUACCGCAACUUCAAAUACCUGCGCUUGGACGGAAGCACUAAGGCUGAGGAUCGUGGCAUGUUGCUGAAGAACUUUAAUGAUCCGUCCUUUCAGUACUUUAUUUUCUUGCUGAGUACCAGAGCAGGAGGUCUGGGGCUGAACCUGCAGACUGCCGACACUGUUAUCAUCUUUGACAGCGACUGGAACCCUCACCAGGAUCUGCAGGCCCAGGAUCGUGCCCAUCGUAUCGGGCAGCAGAAUGAGGUGCGUGUGCUGCGUCUGUGCACUGUGAACAGCGUGGAGGAGAAGAUCCUGGCCGCUGCCAAAUACAAACUGAAUGUGGACCAGAAGGUCAUCCAGGCCGGUAUGUUCGACCAGAAGUCGUCCGGCCACGAGCGCAAAGCUUUCCUGCAGGCCAUCCUGGAGCACGAAGAGCAGGAUGAGGAGGAAGAUGAAGUGCCAGAUGAUGAGACUGUUAAUCAGAUGAUCGCUAGAAGCGAGGAAGAGUUCGAUCACUUCAUGCGCAUGGAUCUUGACCGCCGCCGUGAAGAGGCACGUAACCCGAAACGCAAACCCCGGCUGAUGGAGGAGGAUGAGCUGCCCACCUGGAUCAUGAAGGAUGACGCAGAGGUGGAAAGGCUCACCUGCGAAGAAGAAGAGGAGAAGAUGUUUGGCCGUGGCUCCCGUCAAAGAAAAGAAGUGGACUACAGUGACUCCCUCACGGAGAAACAGUGGCUGAAGGCCAUUGAGGAAGGCACCCUUGAUGAGAUUGAAGAAGAGGUGCGCUACAAGAAAACGACUCGGAAAAGGAAGCGGGACCGUGACCUCGACCUUCCAGGCCCGGCCACGCCUAGCUCCAGUGGGCGGAGCAGAGAUAAAGAUGACGACAGUAAGAAGCAAAAGAAACGAGGUCGUCCUCCUGCUUGGGGCUAUUAUCAAUCUAAUAAUAUUAACAUUAAUCAUGUUCUCUGUUCUGUACAGGAACGCAUUAGAAGUCAUAAGUACCGCACUCUGAACGACCUGGAGAAAGAUGUCAUGCUUCUCUGUCAGAACGCUCAGACCUUCAACCUGGAGGGAUCACUGAUCUACGAGGACUCUAUCGUGCUGCAGUCUGUGUUCACCAGUGUGCGGCAGAAGAUUGAGAAAGAGGAAGAGAGCGAGGGAGAAGACAGUGAGGAGGAAGAGGAAGAGGCAGAUGAAGGAUCAGAGUCUGAAUCUCGUUCAGUGAAGGUGAAGAUAAAGCUGAGUCGAAAGGAAAAGGUGGAGAGAGGAAAGGGAAGACGCCGAACCGGACGCAGUUGGCGCCCUAAACCUGUUGUUAGUGACGACGAAAGUGAGGAGGACCAGGAAGAGGAGCAUUCUCCUAGUGGCAGCGAGGAAGAUUAAACCUUCUUCAGGACCAAUCACAACUCUAGUUCACUUCUGCUGCAGAUAUGUAAUUUUACAUGAGACCUGUCAAACGGCCGCUCCAGAAGGACCUAGAACAGCACAUUUUUUAGAGAGAGGACAUGUAUACGAAAACAAUUAAAUGAGAAAAAUGACACUGUAAAAUGCAGAAGAAAGCCCUUCCAUUUGCAUAUUUAAGCAGACGAUCUCCAUUUAUGUAUAGCAAGACAGUUGAAGUAUUGAGCAUAUGUUUCUUUCCAUAUUUGUUUUUAUGAUUUUUCUCAAAGACAUGACAUAAGAUGCACAGAAAUCUGACAGACUGACUCACAGUGGACCAAUAAGAGCGGAUCAUGUUUCAAUGUCCUCUUAUUGUUUUUAGCCGUGUGAACGUCACCCCUUCUUCCCCCCAAGAACCCAGAAUGCAUGUUUGUGGAAAACGCAGCCAAUUAGUUCUCUUUCUGUUUUUCUCUUGAUCUCUCUGUUUAAAUUAAGAUUGUCAACAGGAUUAAGGUACUUCUUCCUUUAUAGACUUACUGUCAGGAGAAAUGGGGGAGAAUAGGAUGUAGGAUUCUGUACUGUGUCAGUGUCACUGGAUUUCCAAAAUGCACAAUAAAGCCUCUCAGAAAUA